AAUAGUCUCGAUUAUAUCAGGCAUAGUCGAAUAUAUUUCCCAAAAAGAUUUUAACAUGGAAGGGCGUACUUGUUAAAAAUUACAAAUACUGGAAAACUAGUCUUAUUUGAUGCUCAUUGCUGGAGGAAAAUAGCGUGGAAACUCUCAAGAUCUCGGUGGACCACARGAAUAUACAKAAGGGGAGACGACGAGUGARACGGUCAACCACCUAUACCYAAGAAUUGAUGUCAUCGUAAUAAUUCCAAAACAAGCAAACGGAUUUUCACUUCUAAGCUAAAGAAGAUCAGUUUGUUUUAAGGAUUGUUUCUGUUUAAUACCAAUCGACACAACCAUUGUUUUGAACCAAAAGAAAAUCGUAAAGUCACUUUGCGAGUGUCAUGCGAACUGCAGUUACUUCAAGAAUAUAAACAACRUUCGUACGACAAUGAACCUUUAUCGUAAAGAUAKUCGUUGAAUCACUAAAAGGUUUACAAAAGUCUUGAUCGGGUUGUUCACAUGCAAGGCGAUUUCUAGAUGUCAAGAAUUGUAAGGAAUUGAAUCGUGAAUCAUGGAGAGUGGUAUCCAGAAAUGCGGAUACUUGAAGAUCAAAAGGCCUCCAACCUCUGGGAAAGUACGAAUCAAGGCCUGGCAGAUGAAAUAUUUUGUGCUUCGAAAUGUCCCACCAAUAUUCGAAUACUUCAAAGAUGAGCUGUCCUUUAAUCUUUCCCACCACACUAAAGAAAAGAACAAAAUAAACUUAGAAAACGUCAUCCACAUCGGCACAACAGACGCGUCCAAAAAGCAACGUAACGCAUUCAUGAUUGUCGACUCUGAACACGGUGCCAUUAUGCUAGCGACGGACUCAGAACAAGAGACAAAAGAGUGGGUUGACAUGUUGAAUAAAGUUUCUGGAAGAGGAGCAUCGGCCACCAAUUCUCCAAAUAUGGGAGAAUUCACAUAUCCAGAGAACCAAUCAACUUCAUCGCUUUCAAGUCUUCAGAAGACGUCGACAUUAGGAAGCCCUGAAUCUGUUUGUUCACCGUCUCUGCCCAGUGAAAACUUUCAAGGUUUCAAUGUUACAACUCGUCUUACCCCUUCAUCGGAAAAACUAGGGAUUCGUGAUGACUACACAAUGUACAUAACCAAUGAUAACGUAGCAAUACACGACAUCGAUACAAAUGUACUUGUAGUACAAUGGCCCAUUGUAGGGCUUCGUGGAUGGAAAAGUGAGCCUGCAGACGCUGCUGGACGCAGAUGUACACAGCUUCUAACGCUCGAGGCAGGAAGAAAAAGUUCAACUGGCGAAGGCCUCUACCAAUUCUUCACUGAUAAGGGUGACCAAAUCGCUAAUAAUAUACGCGGACGAUCUAACGCUCUCUGCGCAACCGCGGUUAGGGAAAAAAGRGAAAAAUUCAAAGACAAGAGCAACAGUUUUGAGGAUAUUUCACAAGAUGAUCCAAGUAAAACAAAACCGUUUGUAAGAAGUUCAUCAAGUGCAGUAUCACUCAUUAUGUCUCAGAAAACAAACUUUCGUGAACGCUCAGCGUCUGAUAACAAUAUUGUUUUCCCGAAAUUACAGAACACAAGUCCACAAUCACUAAGAAAAGAAUUACUUCAAGAUAAAUUCACCAAAGAUAUCGCUAAAAACAUCAAGCCAAUACUUGAAGAUUCAAAUUCUUCUACACAAACUGCUGACAAUACAUAUUUAGAUCUAAUYAACGAYGCUGACGCUGUGCCAAUUCACAUAGCUGAUUCUGAUCAUCAGAAAAGCGUCGACUCUUUGUCUCAGAAUAGCGACGAAGAGAUUGUUCAUCAAAAAMCGUUAAUAAACACCGUUCAUGAGACGAAUGGUGGGCAAAACUACAUCGAUGAUAGUGAACUGAAUGAUUACCGAAAGAAAACAUUUAAAACAAAAUCAUUGGAUAAUAAAAACUUAACAGGACAUUAUGCUGAUCCWAAACAAAUUAAACGCACAGAAGCGCAUGGUCAAAAACAAACUCCUCCACCCUCUAACACAUUAUGUCAAGAUUUCUUGGACCAAUUAUCAAAUCCUCAAAGUCACCUUGGAAAUAUAUUUCAAGAAAAACAAAAUAGCACCCAGGAAAARCACACGAAGGGAGUUACUAAAACGGAGAACAUAGAGACUUCCUCUCUCUUGGCGGGAAAUUCAAACCAAUCUGCGAACAACAUGAAAGAUGAGUCAACUGCAAGCCAAACAGCAAAUGUUAAUUGUUUAGAUAGCCAUUCAUCCUCUGAAGAGCUGUCCAAURAUUUGGACCAAGAGGAAAAGGAUGGCUUCAUUUCCAUGCGAAAACCUCAGACUACAUCGGUUAGUGAAAAGCGGGUAUUCCCACAUGGGAAAGAAGAAGCGAUGGAUUUGUUAGAAAAACUUGUUUUGAAUUUAGAAACACCGCAGGCAUGCACGCAAGAAAGAAUAUUUCCUCCGCGGCCAGAGGACAAACUUGAAAARACGAUUUUAACUACAAGCGAAGCACCGCAGACACAAAGCAAUGUGCGUCGAGCGGAUUUCAAGCGAACAAUCGAGAAAAGUAAAUCACAUUGUGGAUUUGAAACUGCGCAACAAACUGAUAAACCUCCCCCUCUACCAGUGCGACCAGAAAUGGGAAGAACAAAGCCUUCWGCUUCACUUGGUGAUAUAACUAAGGACUUAACCCGUCCAUUGGAUUUUCAUAAAGAUUUACAUAGGCAGUUAUCYCCUUGGAAUACCAAUACUCCCGCAUUAGGAGCUCCAUGGGGGCCAGAAUCAGUUGUACAUGCUAGGCUCCUGCAUCGUUCAACUUCAGGGUCAAGUCUUGGCGCAGUGCGAGAAGCCCACCAAUCACUGCGCCACGUGGAGAAAUCUAGCAGUCCCUUGUUUGAUAGGACAAGGAGCCAAUCAUCGCGAGGAUCAAUUGAUUCACCUCCACCAAUACAAGAAAACGAAACCUUUGCAGAUGAUGAUGAUGGGAAAAAGCGACGUGGUUCCAAAGCAUCCACAUUUAUCUCGCGUGUUUUGAAUACUUUAAAUCCUGAUUCUAAGAGACGUGCAAGUUGUGAUAUUGUCAGUAGCUGUAGCUCAAAGGAGUUUGAUGCGGCUAAAAGAGGAAGAAGUUGUUCAGUAGUACCAGGGGGGAUUGUCAAUGAAGGGUGGUCUCCUGAGCAUAGCCUGGACGUUCCAUCACCCGAAGGAUCACCACAGAACUUUAGGAAAYURCUUCCUGGCGCUAGAAGACUAUCACACGAUCCUAAUUUAGAUCGUUCAAGAAAACUUUUCGUGGGCAGUCCAACCUUUGAAAACAGGAGCAAAGAGGAAAUACGACAGAAAGAAAAAGCAAAAGAAAGAGAACGAGAGAGAUCAGAACUACCGAACGAACCGCCACCACAACUACCCCCUAGGAAAAAAUCUGACCCUCCACCCCUCCCUCCACGAAUUCGUAAAUCAAGUAGUGAUUCCUGCGGCAGCGGUCCGUCGUCGCCUAAGAGUAGACAACMAAGUGAUGCGGAAGAGGCUACUCCCCCACCCAUCCCCCCACGACGCCURGAYGAUCGACGAGGGUCCCAACCAGCUCCAGCAAUACACCUUACAGCGUCUUCUCCAUGYGAUGAAAAAUCAUUGGAAAGCAUUCUUCCUGAUCUAAAUGCUCAAGAUGGCACGAAUUCAACUUUACCAGGUGCGUCAAGGACAAAGCCACCGGAUAAUGAUCUUACAAGUAAAUCACUAAAAGGUUUACCACGCCCAAUCCCCCUUCGACCUGAAUCACGGACAUCAUCACACAAGACAUGCGCACGAGAAUUGAACGAAAUAUCCAAAACCAGCGCAGUGCGUCAAACAGACAAAUCAUUUACUUCGAUAGAAAUGCAACAAAAGACCGGCGAAAAACUCCCGGAGUGUGAAUCAAAUGAUGGAUCCUCUAAUACGGUUAGCAAUCAAGCCACAGGAAGCCCGCAAGGAAAYAGUGGAAACACAAGAAGAUAUAGCCCAGGCCACACGCCUCCCUUGGCUUUGAAUUUACAGUCUCAUAAUGGUGGUAUGGUACUUGGAGAUUCGCCSACAAACCCAAUAAAAGUUUAAAUCUGUGUAACUGAUAUAGACGCUUUACGGCUGUGGUCAUCAAUCCGGUGUUUAUAACCUGGUAUAAAUGAAAGAUAACUUACAUAUAAUGGGAGAGUAAGGAGUUUCCAYAGUCAUAUAUGGAUUAUAUGUGUUAUAUACGUACAGUAAAUAUGCGCUGCAUAGUGGUACCGCUAACAUUCAUAUAAGCAGYAUAAAUAUACGUACUCUCUAUGGUUGUUAAAACCGCGGGCGCAAAAUUGAAAAGCGCAUUUCUUAUUAUGUGAGAUGCUUGCYUUAUCAGGCCGAACGUUUAGUUACAGUACGUGAAUUYUGUUGCUGUUUUGUUUGUUUUUGUUUUUCACCUUCCCGAUAUAAAUAAGCCGUAAGUCCGUAUUUUUGCUCAAAGCGAUGAUAGAGGACAUGGUUUCUAAGCAGUAAAAGCGUCAUUGCUUUCAACAUGGCACGCCCUAAUAAUGGGGMCUAAUUAUGUAAAUAACUACCUUAAGCAUACUGUACAUUUAUUUAUGAAAUAGUUAUACACUUGUCACGCGAACUAAAUUAUUUUCAGUGCAAGAAGAUAGAUCAUCAAAUCAUUGAUGCAUGUUUUUUUUUUGUAUUCUGCGCAUAACAGAAUUUAUCAAUAAUCUCAAUCCAUCGAGCUAUAAAUGAUGACAUUUAUAUCAAUUACAGAACUUCAUCGUUAAACCCGUGAAACAAAAUUUCACACUUGACGUGUGAUUGUAAAUAAACACAAAGACAUAAACGAAAUUAGAGCGUAUUAAGGUAUAUUAGUGUAAUAUCUAUUUCACGGGUUUCUGUCUAAAGUCAUUAAGUUAACAAUAAUUAGUUUCCAAUAGUAUAAAAUAAAGUAUAACGUCAUAAAAUAUCUAAAGGAGAUUUACAAAUAGUCAAUAAAAUAUUUCAUUAUUA